AUGGCUUUGAAGUCAGAGGAGAAAUCUUCUGGAGAUAAAGAUGACCUAAUCCCCAAACCCGAACCUCUAAUAUUGGAACUUCAGAACAGUGAGGGAACUAUUUCAGAACAGAUGGGUCUUUCUGGCAUUGUACAGUGUUAUAAGCAGCUGCCUCCUUCAUCUAUGCAUAAAGCUGGCCCUGGUUAUCUCUCUCAGACUCUCCAAGGUUCCUUGAAGAGAAAGCAGGUGGUGAGCCUGUCUCCAGCCAACACCAAGAGACCCAAUGGCAUUGUGGAGAACUCCUUCCUUGAUAUCAAGAGGAUACGAGUAGGGGAAAAUCUCCCUACAGGACAAACUGGACAUCAUGUCAACAAUGGGCAAAGCCAGUUAAUGCCUAUGAGCCAGGGCCCUCUGAGGAAGGCCAGCACCCUUCCAACCAGCGCUCAUUCUCCUGGUAAUAGUAUGUUUAACCUGGGUUUAAAGGAGGUCAAGAAGGAACCAGGAGAGACAGUGUCCUGCAGUAAGCACUUGGAUGGCCAGAUGACACAGGAAAAUAUGUUUCCCAAUAGAUAUGGAGAUGCUCCAGGGGAACAGAUGAUGAUGGAUCCAGAGCUCCAGGAGUUGUUUAAUGAGCUGACUAAUAUAUCUGUGCCUCCUAUGAGUGACCUGGAGCUGGAAAAUAUGAUCAAUGCCACCAUAAAGCCGGAUGACCCGUUUAACAUUGAUUUGGGCCAACAGAACCAGAGGAGCACUCCAAGGCCCCCUUUGCAGAUGGAGAAGAUGGUGAUCAAGAGUGAAUACUCACCAGGCUUGACCCAAGCCCCAGUUGGUUCCCCUCAGCUACGGCCUCCCUCGACAGGACCUGCCUUCUCUAUGGCCAGUUCUGCCCUGUCUGCUUCUUCCCCAAUCCCCUCAGGACCUCCAAACCAGAAUCAGCCCCAGGCUUCUUCAGGGGCAAGUAGGCCAAUGGCCAACUGGCAAGAAGUCUCUCAUGCCCAACAACUCAAACAGAUAGCUGCCAAUCGCCAGCAGCAUGCCCUAAUUCAACAGCAGCAGCAGCAACAACAACAACAGCACCAGCCAAACCAGCCUUCUAGCUGGUCAGCCUUGUCCCCUGCGGUGCCUUCCCCAGGGCCAUUUGGCCAGGAGAAAAUUCCCAGCCCUUCCUUCCGUCAGCAACAGUUCAGCCCACAGAGCCCAGCCAUCCCUGGGGUGCCAGUGAAUGGCAGUCAGUCAAAAGCGAUGGCCAACUAUAUGUACAAAGCAAGUCCUACCACCCAGAGCAGCCACCUGGACGUCCUCAUGCAGCAAAAGUCUCAGGACCUCAAUAGAAACUUCAUGAGCAACCCUCACCCACCUUUGGAGCCACAUCAUGGCAACACUAAGCCCUUGUUCCACUUUAACUCAGAACAAGCAAACCAGCAGAUGCCUUCAGUUUUGGCUUCCCAAAGCAAGCCUUCUCUCCUGCACUAUACUCAGCAACAGCAGCAGCAGCUACCCCAGCAGCAGCCCCCACCACCACCACCGCAGCAGCAGCCACAACAGCAGCAGCAGCAGCAACAGCAACAGCCACCGCCACUGCCACCACCUCCACCACAGCAACAACAAAGUUCGGUGGCUGCCCAGCCCCAGCCCCAGCAGGCGCAGCCCCAGCAGCAACCCCAGCCCACCCAGACCCUGUCCACCCAGCCUCUUCUAAGGUCAUCCCUCCCACUACAGCAAAAGAUCAUGCUUCAGAAAAUGCAGGGUCAACCAAUCUCUGGAUUGCCCUACGCAGUCUCUCAACAGCAUAGACCGGAUCAACACUCUGUGGUAAGCCAGAACACAGGCCCCUGUCCAAGUUCCACUUCUUGCUCGAAUCCAAACACUGGAAGUAGUUACAUGAACUCCCAGCAAUCGAUGUUGAAUCAGCAACUGAUGGAGAAGAAGCAGGCUAUCCAGAGGCAGCUCAUGGAGCAGAAACAGCAUCUCCUCCUUCAGCAGCACAUACUUGCAGAUGUAGAAAAAAUUGCUCCACAAGAUCAGAUAAACAGACAUUUGACAAGGCCACCCCCAGAUUACAAAGACCAAAGAAGAAACAUGGUCAACAUGCAACCAUCAAGCCAAUAUUCUGGAGGCUCAGCAACAGUGAGUUUAAACUCGAAUCACGCUUUGGCAAACCCGGUUUCCACGCACAGCAUCUUGACCCAAACUUCCAACCUCUUGUCCACUUCCCAAGGAACAAGAAUGCCUUCUUUACCAGCCAUCCGCAACAUCGGGAUCUAUGGAAACCUGCCUUGCAACCAAUCGGGGACAUACAGCGUUACUUCAGGAAUGACGCCCAUGGCCCAGCAUAGAAACACCAACCAAAUGAUUGCCAGUCAGAGUAACCCCAUGCUGCUGCGGCCCUCCACCCUGGGGCCCGGGGCUAACACCGCGGUGAACGCUUUUGGAUCGGGCUCCAUCGGCAGCUCCCAGCAAGUGAGACCAAACUUGAACCCCGGCGCCACGAGCAUCCCAGCCCAGAGACCACCGAAUGUCAUGAUCACUUCCAGCACCACAGCACCCACCUGGGCCUCUCCAGAAGCCUCGGCCAAGCAGCAGGAGGCCCUGAAGCCAAGCGGAGUGCGUUUCCCGGCCGUGCCGCCCGCCGCGGCCUACGCUUCCAGUCAGUCUUUGCAGCGAGCCAUCGGCAACCAGCAAUUUUCCCAGCGAGCCGUGGCCCCUCCCAGUCAGCUGACACCAGCAGUGCAAAUGAGACCCGUCAAUCAAAUGAGCCAGACAUUAAAUGGGCAGACUCUCGGGUCGCUCAGAGGUCUGACUCUCAGACCAAAUCAGCUAAGCACACAGACUCUGGCAGGAGCCGGCGUGAAUCAGGCCGGGACAGGCAUCUCUCAGGCACCAUCCCUGUCCUCCACCAGCUUUCCUGCUACAAACCAAAGUGCCAGGGCCUUCCCAGGGACUGACCACGGCAGUGACUUAGCGUUUGACUUUCUCAGCUCGCAGACUGAUAACAUGGGACCAGCGCUGAAUAGUGACUCCGACUUCAUAGAUUCCUUACUGAAAACCGAGCCUGGCAACGACGACUGGAUGAAAGACAUCAAUCUCGACGAAAUCUUGGGCAGCAACUCAUGA